AUGCGGCGAUCCCAGAUGUGCUUUGACAUUGUGAUUUGUAGUUGUCAAGGACAUCAUUACCCAGGCCGUUCCUAUGCUUCGUCACUCACAAACAAUAAGCUUCAGCAUACAAGGCAGAGUUCAAUGCUAUUGGACUCGGGUGCUGGUAUACAAUUUCUUGUACAUUUUACUUCAGCAUACAAGGGAGAGUUCAAUGCUACUAAGUGUGUUCUUAGUGUAUUGACAAAGCCAAUUAUGGGGCCACUGUUGGAGGUUCUUGAAUGUACCCUGCCACUAUGGAACGUGUGUGCAGAAACAGUUGCAUAUCUCAGUUCAGCUGCAAUGGUAGCGAUGGAGACAUCAUGCAGUGUGGUAAUCAUUUGGCCAUUUUUGUUCAUCUUCAGUACAAUAUUUAAUAUUGCCAAUUCAGUCUUGUACCCUGUAAUUUGGUUCGUCGGAGAGAUACUAGCUGCACCUUUCCGACUUGUCACUGCACUAGCAAGUUUUGUAGCACACUUCUUUGAUGAUAUUGUUGAUAUUUUAGACAGACCUGGUCAACAUUAA